GUUCGUUUCAUUUCAUUCUUUCGUCUGUCAUCAAGAAAGAAGGUUUGGUUACACCUAAGUACACAUCUCUCUCUCUCGAUCUGAUCAAUUCUCUGUUCAAACUUCUAAUAAUAAGAAGAAAAAGUUUAUUCCUUUUCGGAUUUGUAAGGGUCAGAUAAAAGCAUGUUUCUUCUUGAUUGGUUUUAUGGUGUUCUUGCAUCACUUGGUUUAUGGCAAAAAGAAGCCAAGAUCUUAUUUCUAGGUCUUGAUAAUGCUGGAAAAACAACUCUUCUUCAUAUGUUGAAAGAUGAGAGAUUAGUUCAGCAUCAGCCUACACAAUAUCCUACAUCAGAGGAAUUGAGUAUUGGAAAAAUCAAGUUCAAGGCGUUUGAUUUGGGGGGUCAUCAAAUUGCUAGGAGAGUAUGGAAAGAUUACUAUGCCAAGGUUGAUGCUGUAGUAUAUCUGGUUGAUGCCUUUGACAAGGAGAGGUUUGCAGAGUCAAAGAAGGAACUGGAUGCUCUUCUCUCAGAUGAAUCCCUCGCCACCGUUCCUUUCCUCGUCCUUGGCAAUAAGAUUGAUAUCCCAUAUGCAGCGUCGGAGGAUGAGCUACGUUACCACUUGGGGCUCACCAAUUUCACUACAGGAAAAGGGAAUGUGAAUUUGUCAGAUUCUAAUGUCCGUCCACUCGAGGUUUUCAUGUGCAGCAUCGUCCGCAAGAUGGGUUAUGGUGAUGGCUUCAAAUGGGUCUCUCAAUACAUUAAGUAGAUAAUUGGACGACCAGAUGGAUGCGCCAGGGGCUUUACUUUCUAUUUUCAUGUUACUCUGCAGUAUAUCUCCCUAGAGAACUAGCUCUGAACAGUCUGUUUGGAUCUGUCUUAAAGUUGUUUUCUUUUUUUGGCUUUGGGUUUCCUUUUAAUACAGCAGGGAAGGAGAUUCUUUAUCAGUAACUGCUUUGUAAAGGAAACUUGUAGUAUUUCUUAGUGUGGUUUGGAUUAUUUUUUUCCUGUUUUUCGGAGUGGUUUGGGGUUUCGUAGGACAUGUUCUUCCAUUUGUAUGUGAAAAUCCAGAUUCUUCUUUGCUAAUUAAUAAUGGGUUUAAAGCUUAGGCAGUCUA